AUGUCCCGUCCGACCAUCCCUGGGUCCCUUGCGGAGCGCAUAGCUGUCGACUUAAGAAACCUCCAGCAAUCUCGCCCAGAGGCGUCUGAAAUAUUCAGCUCACACAUCGCGAGAAUACCAGACGUCACUCCAAGCAGUGACAUUGUAGAGUACGCAUUAUAUCCUACAGAAAGCGGCGAUACUUGGAGUGAAGCCCCAUUGCAUCCUACUGCAACCGGUGACCAAAAGGACAGCGCAGGCGCCCUGCCAGUUCCUAUUAGGAGACUAGGGAACCCCAAACCCUUGCGAAGAGCUUCGAGCGAUUGUGGAAGUGGUGAUGAGUAUGAAGCAUCUGAUUCCGAUGACGCAAUUGAUUCCGAUGACGGCAAAUCUAUCGAUGGCAACGACGGUCUGAAGAACACCCAUGAGUAUCCCUGCAGCCCGCAGGACUUCGAUCAUCCAAUCGGCCAAUGGCAUCUCGACACCUGGUCCGACUCUUUGUACUCCUCCGCUUACUCGUCCCGACCCCCUACGAGCGUAGCUGAAUGGCGGAAGAUGCAAUUUGAUAUGGCUUCGCAUUUUCCAAAAUCUAGGAAAUUUGACGGCUCCUUCGAUAAAUCCGAAUCCUCAAGGCCCGGUAUACUGGAAGUUGCCAGCCCCACAAGCUAUAAGUCUGCUCGAUCUGUCUUUUCUAGCUACAGGACUGCACCUUCAACGUUCACCGGUAUUGGUAUUGAACAUUCUCCACACGACUCCAGUAGGAAAGCAAAAAACGGCGCGGAGAGUUCGCAUCAAGUGAUCAGUAAAGUAACACUUGAUGCUCAGGAAUUAGCGAAACUCAUCGUCUCCAAAGCAUAUACUCUCGCUGGCUCCGGGCAUCGUAUCAACACCAACUAUAUGUUGGAUACAAAUUGGACGCCCAUUGUGUCUAGCAUUGUGACGUACAUGGAUACUCUAAAGGGACAACGACAGCCUGAGUCUUUGGACACGGUAUCUGAGAGGAUUGUUGUUGAAAUAAAGCGAAUGAUGUCUACAGAUGAGAAGUACGAAACAGACAAAAUAAAACGUUAUGUUAAGUGGGUGAUAGGCGUACAUGUGGCAGCGUACAGAAAUAACCAGAUUGUACGACAACCGCAAGUCUUCAGCAGCGACUGGUUAGAGCAUCUCCGUGUAAGAGGCAUCCUUUCAGAUCCGGAAGACGAACUCAAUUGGUCUAGUCGGGGGCAACACGUUGAGUAUGCGGCUGGUGAGACAAGUGAGAUACCACUUCGAACAGAGAAGGUUCUAGGUCACAGCGGAACCGCACUCGUCGAAAGCGUCAUGUGUCGCCGAAUUCGCUUAGCCAGGAAGACUGUCCGUUGCAGCAGAAGAUUGACCCGAGAAGAUGCUAUCAACGAAGUGGAACAUCUUCAGCGACUUGCUCACUCCCAUAUCGUGAGGGUUGUGGGGACCUAUACAUUGAAGAAAGAUCUGGCGAUAUUGCUUUAUCCGGCCGCUGAAUGGAACCUUGAGCAGUACAUGGAUGAGAUAGUCGAGUCUAAACAGUCAGACGAACGGACUUCGCGAUGCGACUGUCUCAGUGUCGCGAUUGGCUGCCUUGCUCAGACAGUCAAGUUCAUUCACGACAAGAAUGUAAAGCACAUGGACAUAAAACCAGCGAACGUAUUAGUCAGACACUUAGGCUCCACUAUUCCGAAAUACAAGGUCUACCUUGCGGAUUUUGGUAUAGCUCGCGCCUACCAGACAGCUGCCGAGGCUGAUACCGAAUCACCCACUGCGUUCACCCGAACGUACGCUGCACCGGAGGUCGUAACCCAGGAAAAGCGGGGCCUCAGCGCAGACAUAUUUUCUCUCGGCUGUGUAUAUAUGGAGAUGGUGGCUACGUUAGCCUCAGGAAACCACGCAACCCUGAACAAGCGUCGAGGAAACCACUCAAACCUGAACAAACGUCGAGAACUGCAGAGUAUCCUAUUCAGAAACGGUAGUGAUAGGCAACAAACUUCCUAUGAAGCCAACAUUUCUCAGGUCCAACACUGGUUCGAGAAUUGUGCCGCUCAAGCUGGUUCUUCACUCGAAAGCGUCCCCGAUGCGUUGCUUGAUAUGCUGCCUCAAAUGAUCGAUAGAUCACCACAAUUAAGACCGCAAGCAUGGAAGGUUGCGGCUUGCUCUUGGGAAAUAAUGGUUCAUACAUGUCAUGAUGGUUCAGAGCCUUUUGAAGCCGCCAGACGUUGGGACAAUUGA